AUGAUCGAGUUUCGCCGAUUUGGUAGUACAACCCUCUUGCAGCCCGUCUCCUUGGACUCUGCUACUAGCAUUCCUCUUUCAGCCCCCCUCCUCCGCUCUCCGCGGCCAUACGUGGUUCGCGUCAGCCAUCUGACGUGGUCUUAUUUCUUCUUCAGAUAUGUCUCCUCCCUCCUCCGUCGACUGCAUGCCGGACGCUAUCACGACAUUCAUAUGUGCUCCGUGUCUUCCCGUCGAUGA